CAGUGGGUAAAUAAUAAAGAGAUACACAUGUGCCAACUGGAAUCAGUACGGAUUCAACGAUCGUCUAGAACGUUUUAAAUUUGGAUAGUCUCUACCAGAUUCAAUAAAAAAAACACGUGUAUUUUUCUUUUUCAUCAGCUUAUUCUAAAAAAUAAAUAACAAAUUUAACACACCAUGGCCACCAGCAUUGAAGGUUAUAAAUUGGGCAAAGUUCUUAAUGAGGGUAAAACUAAACAGGUUUAUGAUUUACCCGAACAACCCGGUUUGUGUUUGUUGUUGAGCAAGGAUCGUAUUACAGCUGGUGAUGGCGUUAAGGCUCAUGAUUUGCAAGGCAAAUCCGAAAUUUCAAAUAACACAAAUGGUUUAGUGUUCAAGAUUCUCAAUGAAGCCGGCAUUAACACAGCCUACGUUAAACCAGCUGGACCUAAGGCUUUCAUUGCCAAGAAAUGUGAAAUGGUGCCAAUUGAGUGGGUUACCAGACGUUUGGCAACUGGUUCAUUUUUAAAACGUAACCCAGGUGUACCAGAAGGUUAUCGUUUCUCCCCACCCAAACAAGAGACUUUCUUUAAGGAUGAUGCCAAUCACGAUCCCCAAUGGAUGGAUGAACAAAUUAUCUCAGCUAAAUUCAAUUUCAAUGGUUUAUUGAUUGGCCAAGAUGAAGUUGAUAUAAUGAAGAGAAUGACAUUGGCUGUAUUUGAGGUUUUGGAAAAGGCCUGGGCUACUAAAAAUUGUGCCUUGAUCGAUAUGAAAGUUGAAUUUGGUGUUGAUGAGAAAGGCACUAUUGUUUUGGCCGAUAUCAUUGAUUCCGAUUCAUGGCGUCUCUGGCCCGCUGGCGACAAACGCUUGAUGGUCGACAAACAAGUCUACCGUAAUUUAGCCUCUGUCACCGAGUCUGAUUUAGACACCGUUAAACGUAAUUUCAUUUGGGUCAGUGACCAACUUAAAGACAUCAUUCCCAAAAACGAUCAUUUGGUUGUGAUCUUAAUGGGCAGUGCCUCCGAUAAAUUGCAUUGUGAAAAGAUUGCCGAUCACUGCAAGAGCUUGGGUUUGAACACAGAAUUGCGUGUCACUUCGGCCCACAAGGCUCCCGAAGAAUCUUUACGCAUUAUGCGUGAAUACGAAAGUGUAAUGAACAAUCUCAUUUUCAUUUGUGUUGCUGGACGUUCAAAUGGUUUGGGUCCUGUGCUAUCGGGCAACACCACCUACCCCGUCAUCAACUGCCCACCUCUUAAGCCCGAAAAUAUGCAAGUCGAUGUUUGGUCCAGCCUUAAUGUACCUUCGGGUUUGGGCUGUCCCACCGUUUUAUAUCCCGAAACUGCCGCUUUACAUGCUGCUCAAAUGUUGGGUCUUUCGAACUUUAUGAUCUGGUCGAAAUUGCGUGUGAAACAAUUGAACAAUUUUGUGAGCUUAAAGAAGGCUGACAAAGAAUUACGUGGUGUACGUAAGGCUUAAUUGUUAAGUUUAUAAUUGAUUGUAUAGUAAGUUGCCAUUUUUUUCAAAAUAGUUUUGUUAAGAAACAGAUUUCGUUAAAGACAUAAAUAUUUUAAAAAUAAAUAAAAAAAUAGUUUAAAAAUAAUAAAAAAAAA